AUGGAUGUUCGGUAUAGCUUCAAAAAAUAACAAAAAAAGAUUGGAAAAUACACAAUAUUGGAGGAAAUUGGUUAAGGAAGUGAAGGGAAGGUUUAUAAGGUUGAAUGCAAAAAAUAGCUUUUUGCUUUGAAAUAGAUAAACCGAAUGUUCAAAGUGAAUUUGGAAGUUUACAAAAACAUAGGGGAGAAUGAGAAUUUAGUUUAAUUAAUUGAAAUUUUUAGUCACCAAGAAAAUUAAUUUGAGGUUUAUGAAUAUUGUGAAGGAGGUAAUCUGACACAGCAUAUGCAAAAAUAAAAAUUCGACAAAAAUUCUAUAAUAUAAUUCAUAAAGCAAUUUUGCAAUGGUUACAAGGAGUUGUAUAGAAACAAUAUAAUUCACCGAGAUAUCAAGCCAGACAAUAUUGUUUUUAAAAAGAAUCAAGCCAAAAUAGCUGAUUUCGGAUUUGCAAGAUUUGUUCCGAAUCCUGAGAUAAAAUGGGAAUUAUCAAUCAAAUGCACACCAUUUUAUGCUUCUCCUUAACUUUUUUAAGGGUGUUUCUCUUCAAAAUGCGAUGUAUGGUCUCUGGGCCUGAUCCUCUUUAAAAUGGUAUAUGGAUUCUUACCAUAUCAAUCAAAUACUAACAUAAACGAAAUAAAAAGUUUCCACAUGGAUAUACGAAACAAUAGAGUGCCAUUUCCUGAAAAUGACAUGCCAUCUGUUGUAAAUCUGAUAAAAUAGAUGCUUAGAUAUUCCGAGGAUGAUAGGAUAAGUUGGGUACAAAUAUUUGAACAUCCUUUGGUUGGGUAGAGAGAUGAAAAUGAGCUAUUAGUAUAUUCUCCUAGAAUCAUAGAAGAAUUCGAUAUGAGGAUAUAUUUUGAGGACAAAAUCUAAUAAUUAUAAUUAUUUAAUUCCUUGAUUAGUAAUUAAGAGAGUGAUCUUGAAUAAAUAUUAAUAAUUUUAAAUUUAUGGUUAAGUUAUAUUCUUAAAUUAAAUGGUGAAAUUAACGGGUAAAUUGUAAUCAAGAAUUUAUAGUAGAAAUAGUAAAGUAAAUUAUGCGAUAAUUUUAGUGUUUAUAAAUGGAAGUCAAGCCAAUCGUAUAAGGAGCACGGUCAAAGAAUAUCAAUAGUUGGUUGAAGGUUAAAUUAGAUUUAUCAAUUACUUGGAUCAAAAAAGGAACAGCACAUUCUCAAUGAACAAUCAAAACUUUCAAAAAAUGAAUUGUCUUGAACAGAAGGAGUAAAUAGAAUCGUUAAAUUGUUCUGAAGAGAAAAAACAAUAAUUGAAGAAGAUUUUCAAAAUUUGA